UUUGAAUCUGGUACUUCUGCGAACACCUGUAAUGCUGUUACCACGUCGGCAAGUAUUGGUUUUGGUAAUACAAACAUUGAUACUUUAGAACUGUCAGCUGUUUUUUGGACUAAAGUUAAAAGCAGUCAAUUUACUGGUGUUCAAUUUAACAACCUAGGUUCCGGUAGUGGCUUCGGUACACAAAAUACGAAUCCAACAGGAUUUAGGCUCGCAGCUAAUCCACAAACAAGCACUCAAUUUGGAUUUGCAGCAGGAAGUUUCUCUCAACCUUCAGUGUCAAGCACGA